AGCUUCCUGAGAGCUGGGCUGAUAUGCAGGAGCCACUGCUUGAGGGGAUGUGCUUCACGCUCAAGUAUCUGGGCAUGACGCUGGUAGAAAAACCCAAAGGAGAAGACAUGGCCGCUGCUGCCAUCCGCAGGAUCGUUGCCACGGCACGAGUGGGAGCUCGCAAGUUCCAGAAGGUGAUUCUGACCGUGUCUCCGAGGGGCAUUUCGCUGCAGGACGCAGACACAAAAGAGAUGGUUGAGAACAUCUCCAUCUACAGGAUCUCCUACUGCACGACGGAUAAGCUGCAGAACAAAGUCUUCGCUUAUGUUGCGCAGAGCCAGGAGAGCGGGGCGCUGGAGUGCCAUGCCUUCCUCUCGCCCAAGAAGAAGAUUGCCCAGGCUGUGACUCUGACCGUGGCCCAGGCCUUCCAGAUGGCACUGGAUCUCUGGGAAGCAGCACAUGCAGGCUCUAGGCAGGAACAGCCCCUUCACCUUUCAUGUGUCUUGGAGAGCAUUGAGCCCGGCAGACCAAGAGGAGGAAGAGGAGGAGGAAGAUGAUAAUGUCGGUGAAACCUUAUCUGCCUGGCCUUGCCUGGCGUGUGAUGAGUGCUCUGCUCUCUUCCAAAGCUGCAUGGAGGAGCUGGGGAGGGGAGCCCACAGCCCAGCAG